CGCGCGUGGGUGUGCAGACUCGCAGGGACAGGUAGGAUGGAGCGGGGCGGCCGUGGAGCACGCGGGCGCGGAGCGGGCGCAGGGCGGCGGCGAGCUGCUGCUGCGGCUGCGGCGGCGGGGCGCGCGCGUGGGUGUGCAGACUCGCAGGGACAGGUAGGAUGGAGCGGGGCGGCCGUGGAGCACGCGGGCGCGGAGCGGGCGCAGGGCGGCGGCGAGCUGCUGCUGCGGCUGCGGCGGCGGGGCGCGCGCGUGGGUGUGCAGACUCGCAGGGACAGGUAGGAUGGAGCGGGGCGGCCGUGGAGCACGCGUGCGCGGAGCGGGCGCAGGGCGGCGGCGAGCUGCUGCUGCGGCUGCGGCGGCGGGGCGCGCGCGUGGGUGUGCAGACUCGCAGGGACAGGUAGGAUGGAGCGGGGCGGGGGCAGUAGACUCGUAGGUGUGUGUAAAGCAGAGUUGGCCCUUACGCUUUUACGGUUCAAUUCGUAAUGGUUAAUGCCGUAAGGGACGGUUUACGGUUCAAUUCGUAAUGGUUAAUGCCGUAAGGGACGGUUUAAGGUUCAAUUCGUAAUGGUUAAUACCGUAAGGGAUGGUUUACGAUUCAAUUCGUAAUGGUUAAUGCUGUAAGGGACGGUUUACGGUUCAAUUCGUAAUGGUUAAUGCCGUAAGGGACGGUUUAAGGUUCAAUUCGUAAUGGUUAAUACCGUAAGGGACCCUUUAAAAUCACCCCUUUUAAGGCAGUCAGGCUAUUGUCAGUCAUUUUACACCUCAGCCUAUGGAUCAACUUUACUCAAAAAACUUACACCGCCCUACGCGUGCAAUAUAAUAACGCUUUUAGGAUGCUGUUGGGGCUGCCGCGCUAUUGCAGCUGUACUCUAGGCAUGACGUAGAGUUUCAACGUAUGCAAAGGUUACGACCUAAUUGAAGAACUUAAAUAAUAAUUAUUUAUGCAUAUGUUAAAUGUCAACUAAAUGUCAGUACACGUAGAUGACUACUAUAUAAACCCGGUAUAUCUUGAAUAAAUCAGUUAGUAUUGAACCGGGCUCCUGAGUAUCAAUUACUACCCCUAACGCCUCGCAUUUCAUGGCGACCCUGCCAAUAAAUGUUUAUUUAAUUUAAUUUAAUUUUUAAAUAUAAGUUUAGGUCCUUAUUUUGUACUCCAUAAACUCAUUAAAGCUAUAAUUUAAGUGUGCUCGAUCUCGAUAAGCCAUUUUUCAGUUGCAUUUUAAUACUCAUUUAUGACGGCACAUUCGUGACAUGACCCGGCAAUCGGUUGUACACAGUCGGCCCCAUUACGUGCUUUAGUUUCGCUGAUUUAGCUAACCUAUGUUUAACAAUCAAGAGUUUGUGAGCGUUCCGCAAGUUACGAUCGUGGACGUCAGCCCCCCACGGGUAUUCAUUAAGGUGACAUCGCACAUAGACAGCCACUUGGUAUAUCACCAUGGAGGGCAGCGUGAGAAUCGGGAGGUCCUUGAAGUGCGGUUUUGCAGAUGUACUUUGUCCUACCUGCGCAAUCGCUCGGACGGCUGUCGUUUGCGUUCGAAAGACACGCUCCCAUUCGGCAGCGCGGCCCCACAGCUCCACGCCGUAUUGGACGAUCAAGUGCACAGUGGCAAAAUAGCAAGACCUUACCCAUCCCUGGGCACCACCCUUGCCAGCCGUCACAGUGCGAAGCAGGCAUUCGCCAGUCUCUUACAAACUUUAAUAGUGUGUGCUUCCCAUCAGAGGCCCCUAUCAAGUUCAAUACCCAGAAAUGCGGUGUUUUGGACCUGAUCUACUUUGACACGGUCCACGAGUACCAUAAGAUCCCUAGGAUCCCUUCCUCCAAGAGGGAAAUGCAGGAAAUGGGACUUUUUAGGUUUAGUACUAAGCCGUUCACACUGAAAUACCGUGAAAUACUGAAUUAAGGCAGUUAAUCGUAAAAAAGAGACCAGAUUACCCACAGACAAAGAAUCUUAUCAUUCACGAACAUGGCAACUGACCGAUUCAAAUAUAUGAACAUCGUAAGUCACCAAAAAUAAAAAGAGUUACUCGUAUUUAUUUCGAACGCUAAUAAUACAUACAUUAUUUAUUUAUUUAUUUAUUUAAUCUUUAUUGCACAAAAGAAAACAAUCUUAUAGUACAAAAGGCAGACUUAAUGCUAAGAGGCAUUCUCUACCAGUCAACCUUAAGGCUAAGCAGAGAGAUUGAGAGCGGUGCUACAAUUACAAUAGCAAAACAAAUCAAACAAAAAUACAUAAAAUAACAUAUACAUACAAACAUAAUACACACAUACAUAUAUAAAUAUAUAUAUAUAUAUAUAUAAAGACGAAACAUCUGAAGCUAAUAAAUAAAUACAUUAAGAAUCUUUCAUUAUAUUUCGUCACUUCAUUUUUCAGAUAUAAUUUUAUAUUAACCAUUGAGUUUCCCUAUUGUACAGAUAGCAUCGCACACAUUUAAGAGUAACUAUUUUGAUUAAAAUUGUGAAAACCAACAUCCGCCCACUUCCGCUUACUGGUUACCUGCGUGCGGCGACCGCUGCGCUCUUCAUUCUUUAUUUGUGCGUGGUAGCGUCCACACCUCGGUCUAGUUGCCGAACACUUCGGCACAAGACCACAUUUUUUAUAACGAUUUUCGUUGCCUAUGCCUACUAUGGUGUUAGCUGUGAGAUUUCAUUGAAUUCGUUGUGCAAUAUACAUAUAUUUGUUUUUAAAAUCGUUGUGCAAUCCUUCAACUUGAAGGACAUACAUACAUCCUGGAGGUUAGUCGAGAACUAACACGAUGGAAAAAAUCAUCCUGGAGGUUGGUCGUGAACCAACACGAAGGAAAGUCUGUUCGUAUUUCGAACACCGAUUUCGCCCGGGGGUUGGUCGUGAACCAACACGAAGGUAUAAGAUCGGAUAACGCACAACGAAACAAAGGCAUAAAAAAUCAUCCUGGGGGUUGGUCGUGAACCAACACGAAGGAAAGUCUGUUCGUAUUUCGAACACCGAUUUCGCCCGGCGCGGCGAUUGGUCGUGAACCAAAAGAUCGGAUAAUGCACAAAGCACAACGAAACAAAGGGCCUAGACAUUCAUAUUGGUGCAUUUUUCAUAAUACCCAUAUAUUUUGUGGGAAAUUUAUUGCCUUAAAAAUGGGAAUAAUGUUGUGUUACAAAGCCAAGGGAGGCUUUCUUUUUAUUUGGUUUUAGAUGGCCCAACACUUAAAAUAUAUCCAAAUUUUACUCACACCUAACCCAUAGUACGGUAUUAAAUGAAAAAAGAAGUAUGAAUCCCCGCCCAUAGGUUGAAUGUAAAUCAACAAGCGACUCACAAAUGUUGUAUUUAACACAAUAGUACAUUGUGUUUAUACUACACUACCCACAUAAAUAUAAUAUUAAUACAUUGGGUAGGUAUAACUUGUAUCUAAAAGUGGGAAUUGCUACGUGUACCUACAUCACGUCACAGUAUUAUUUAAAGUAUAUUCUUUCUGACGUACAAUAUUUAAACUCUUAUAUGUUAUAAAAGACGUGUAGUGAAUUUGAAAGCAAUUUCUAAACUUAAUCUUGAUAAAAUAUCUUGUUAAUAUGUAUAGUGGUGCCCUGAGAGUGCAUACAUUUUGGUGUCGAUUUUUAAAUGAUUAUGAUAAGCAGAAACAUUCAUAAAUCGAACUAAAAAAAUAUGGCUACGUACGUCAAUAAUGUUAUGGGCGAUAAAACUUGAACAACUUUGGUCUACUCCUAUAUUAAAUCGCAUAAAAAAAGAGUCAACCAAAUGAAUACUUAUAUAAAAAUAUAUAUGUAUUUAUAAUAUCAGCUUUAAGAAUCUUUAUUUCUCAGAAUAAGAUAUAACAAAACUUGAUAAUAAAUGAGUAAUUAUCCUGGUCGCUCAUAGGCGAUGCCAGUAAGUACUUAUUAUCUGUUUGAAAAUUAGAUUUUUUCUUAAAGGUAUUUUGGACAAUUAAUUCAAUUGAAUCAUUAAAUUAUAAUAAGUACAAUUACUUCAAUUGAAUUAGAGGAAGACGAGUUUUCUCAUCACAAUUUGCAAGAACUCAUUGUCAAGCUCCACUAGAGUACCAUCCAUCUGAGUUAAUCAGAAAGCGGUUUUCUCUUCAUUUUGGCGAGUUGCACUUAUUAAUAAAUUUUGUUCGCAUCUCUCACAGAUAUUGAGUGUUUAUUUUUAUGAUUGUAAAUAAUCGGUAACUAGGCUAUACCUAUUCAUAUAUUUAUUUAAUUGUAUUAAAACAACAAGACGAUCACCCUCUGAUUAUCCUUUAAAGGAUUACCCCUCAGAUUACUACUUAAAUAACUAAGUUAUUAAAUAGGUAAUAGAAAUCGUAUAAAAUUAAUAAAUUAAUGUAUGGUUCAACUCUCAUGUGUCGGUCGCGGUACUCUUUCAGCCAUUAUUAAUGCGAUGGUACUAUGCAAUACGUUCACUAGACUUAAAACACUCAUAACGGUUAUGCAAUACGUUUUUGCUACGUUUGAAAUAUAUGUACAUAUACAUUUAGUAUCAUAAUUAAUAUAGUCAUUCAUAAAAUUAAGACCGAAUCACUAAAUAUAAUAUUUAGUACCCACGCGCGCGUGGGUGUGCAGACUCGCAGGGACAGGUAGGAUGGAGCGGGGCGGCCGUGGAGCACGCGGGCGCGGAGCGGGCGCAGGGCGGCGGCGAGCUGCUGCUGCGGCUGCGGCGGCGGGGCGCGCGCGUGGGUGUGCAGACUCGCAGGGACAGGUAGGAUGGAGCGGGGCGGCCGUGGAGCACGCGGGCGCGGAGCGGGCGCAGGGCGGCGGCGAGCUGCUGCUGCGGCUGCGGCGGCGGGGCGCGCGCGUGGGUGUGCAGACUCGCAGGGACAGGAAAGUGGGCCGCCUGGAGCCGGAGCGGCCGCCCGGCGGCACGCUGGCGCCGCCCGCGCCCGCGCCGGCGCCCGGGGACUCCUCCGACGAGGAGCCCGCCUCCCCCACCUUGCCGCUGGACCGCAGGAUGUACCCGCCGCCGCCACGCACGCUGACUACCCGUCGUCACUCCGUGAGCGGCGGCUCCCCCACCGCCCGGCGCCCGCGGCGCGGCCUCGACCAGCUGUGGUGCUCCCUGCAGCAGGCCCGCGUCGACCUGCACUACCGCCGCGACAAGGUAUGUCUCCUCGACCAGCUGUGGUGCUCCCUGCAGCAGGCCCGCGUCGACCUGCACUACCGCCGCGACAAGGUAUGUCUCCUCGACCAGCUGUGGUGCUCCCUGCAGCAGGCCCGCGUCGACCUGCACUACCGCCGCGACAAGGUAUGUCUCCUCGACCAGCUGUGGUGCUCCCUGCAGCAUGCCCGCGUCGACCUGCACUACCGCCGCGACAAGGUAUGUCUCCUCGACCAGCUGUGGUGCUCCCUGCAGCAGGCCCGCGUCGACCUGCACUACCGCCGCGACAAGGUAUGUCUCCUCGACCAGCUGUGGUGCUCCCUGCAGCAGGCCCGCGUCGACCUGCACUACCGCCGCGACAAGGUAUGUCUCCUCGACCAGCUGUGGUGCUCCCUGCAGCAGGCCCGCGUCGACCUGCACUACCGCCGCGACAAGGUAUGUCUCCUCGACCAGCUGUGGUGCUCCCUGCAGCAGGCCCGCGUCGACCUGCACUACCGCCGCGACAAGGCGGUGUCGUGCAGCACGGGGCUGGAGCUGUCCCCGCGGCCGCUGACGUGCCCGGCGGGGCCCGGCGGGGGGCCCGGCGGGGGGCCAGGCGGGGGGCCAGGCGGGGGGCCCGGCGCGGGGCCCGGCGCGCCCGAGCCGCCGCGCGACGAGCGGCCGCGCGGCAAGCUCGACAAGAGCCACUCCACGCCCGCCUACGACUUCCACACCGAGCCGCCCGGCCCGCUGAUGCAGCAGGUGAUCCCCGAAUCCCCGACAACGCCUGCCGACUCGCCGACAGUGUUCGUGCACUCCGCCGAGAAAGCCGACCAGAUCCUCGACUUCAAGAAGUCCAGCUCGCAGAUCGAAGAGGCCAUCUUGCAUAAGAGAAGGCUCACGGACGAGAGGAACGAGUUCGCGUUCGGCGAGGCCGAGACGGGCCCGGAAACGGUCGAGGCCGUUAAUGUCGACGUCGAGGCCCAAGGUCGCGUGCGGCGACUGUCGGCUAAGAGUCCGCAGGAGGAGCGCUCGCUAUCCGUGAGCGAGGCGGUCCGCAACAUCCAGGAGUCGCUAGCGCGGGCCCCGCCCCCUCCCCUGCGGGCCGCGCCCUCCCCCGCGCGGCCCCGCCCCGCGCCCCUCCCCUACCCCGCGCUGCGCCCCGUGCCGCCCGAGCCCGCGCCCACCAGCCCGCCCCGCCCGCACAGGAUCGACGUGUCGCAGAUAUCCGUCCCGCUCCGCCAUCUGACGCGGCACGACCUGCGCGUGCCGCCCGCGGAGCCGCCGGCGCGGGGCGCUCCGCCCGCAGCGCCCGGCCCCGGCCAGCCCGGCCCCGGCCAGCCCGGCCCCGGCCAGCCCGGCCCCGGCCAGCCCGGCCCCGGCCAGCCCGGCCCCGGCCUGCCCGGCCCCGGCCUGCCGGGCCCGCGGCCGGAGGCGCCCGCCGCGACCCACGCGCCCACCCGCGGCAUCUUCCCCGCCUACAAGUCCAAGAGCUUGAAGAAGAAGAACUCCUUACUUGCCAAACGUCGCGGCGUCGCCGCUCGGGCCCUGGCGGGGGGCGAGGGCGGCCCCGUGUGGCAGCGAGUGCGGGCGCGCGGCCAGCAGCAGGCGCGCUGGGCGAGACGACACCUGCUGCUGGCCGACACCACCCUGUACGCUUAUCGGAGCCCGGACGGCACACGGGCGGACUGCAUGAUCCAGCUGGCGGGGUUCACGGCGGCGGCGGCGGGCGAGGUGAAGUCGCGGCCGCACGCCUUCAAGGUGUACCACACCGGCACCGCCUUCUACUUCGCGUGCGACAGCGCCGACGCCACCCGCGCCUGGCUCGACCUCAUCACCCGCGCCACGCACGACCAGCCCGCGCCCGUGAGUUUAUCUGCGGACUUACCGAGACAGUACUCGGAGACGGACUAUUCUACGGACUCGGAUAUCGAGGCCGAGAGGCCGAGGGACCGCGACCGCGACACCAAGGACAAGGAGAAGGACAAGUCCAAGUUCGGCUCCCUCAAGAAGCUCACCCAUCGGAUGCAUAGGAGCGAGUCGACGGAGACGGUGGGCGCGGCGAGUCUCGACCGCAAGUACCUGCGCUUCUUCUCGCGGAACAAGAACAAAGACGAUAAAAAGAGUAAGCAGUCCCUGGUGCCGGUGCCGACGGAGCACUACCGCAGCUACCGACGGCCGUCGCAGUCGCAGGCCGAGUCCUCUCCGGCCUCGCCGACCUCCGCAGCCUCUCCGGUCUCGCCGGCCUCCGCAGCCUCCCCGGCCUCGCCGGCCGCGCAGGCUCCGGCCUCGCCCCCGCAGCCGCCGCCCGCGGUGCCGCUGCUGCAGGCUCCGCCCGCGCCGCCGAGGAAGCCGCAUAAUUAUAUGCACGCUUCUAACCCGAAUUUACUGGAGUUUGGCAACAACGACAUCGUGGCGUCCCGCAUCUUCAUCCCGCGGCCGGCGCCCGCCUCCUUCUCCGGCUUCGUCACGCUCGAGGAGUUCAUGCUGCAGAAGCAGGAGGAGGACCGCCGCGAGCUGUACACCAACCGCGUGCUGCUGGGCGUCGAGGCGGGCUCGCUGCGGCGGCGGCUCGACCGGGUCGUGCCCGACGUGCUGUACGGCACCUCCCGGGUCGAGCCCGAGCACAGCCCGGAGCCUCCCGCCACCGCGCCGCGCACGCUGUCGCCGCACGGUGCGCACGGCUCGCACGGUACGCACGGCUCGCACGGCACGCACGGCACGCACGGCACGCACGGCGCGCACGCGGCGCACGUGCAGGCGCGCUCGCUGCCGCGCACGCCGCCGCCGCGCGUGGCCGCGCGCCCCGCCAGGGAUCUUAAGCCCAUCUCCGUCAAGGGCAAGGAUGGAUAUGAGAAGAUAGUGUACACCGAGGAGAAGCCGGCCGGAGGCGAGCGCAUGCGCCGGCCGUCGCCGCCGCCCGACGCGCGCGCCCUGCACGACGCCGCCCCCAGGCACGAUAAGGGCCCGAGCGGCGCGCGGCGCGUGGCCCCGCUGCAGUCGCCCGCGCCCGGAGCUCCAGACAGUGUGCCGGCGUCGGGCGCGGGCGUGUCGCGGCUGCGGCUCAUGUUCGGUCGUAGCGCGUCGCGCGACACCUCUAGACAGGUGAGGAUACUGUUAUAUGUAUAUAUAUAUUAAAUAUAUACACAGAGACCGAUCAAAACGAGUAGCGACUAUAUGACGACAGGUUCUUGUUUUUUAUAAUUUUAGUGCUGCACGAUGUAAAAAAUAUUUUUUUUGCAUAGUAUAGUCAACAACUCUAUUGGACUUACAUGCUAUUGUCGUAUUGUCCUUAUUGUGCUUGUGUGUGUGUUAUAUUUUUAUUCGUUGCUGUAUAUUUUUAGUGACGAUAAAUGACUAUAUUUCUUACACCAUUAGCAUAAACGACACGGCCAUCGAGUUGAAAAGUUGCGAGAAAAAUACAUACGUAUCUAUUAUCUCUCCUCAAUCAACUAUUUGUAUAAGUAUUGUACACUAGAUUGGCAACUCGUGGUGAAGUGUGAUUCGUGGUCGCAGGA